AUGUGGGCGAUGGGCAAGUCUUUCAACGCUGCAUGUUUCUUCGCAGUGAAGGUAGCGAUAUCCUGCGGCGUGUCACACUUCGCGCUCAUCGGCGAUGCCGCGCAUUCCCAUUACGUGGUCCUGGGUCAGCCGGUGUGGGACAUCAAGGUGGCGGAGAACCUUGCCGUCGCCGGUGACGUGAUCGCAUCGCCCAGUGCGUGGAGGCAUGCCAACGAGGCGGAAUAUAUCUCGGAGUCGUUUGGAGAUGGAACUCAUACGAGGGUGAAGUAUUGUUGGUAUUCAAGGCUGUAA